CACUCCAAAACACACAUUCACACACACUCAAACCCAGAAUCCUUGUGGUCAGGGCGCUGGAGUUCUCUCUCUGCACCUAAGUUGGAGCAGCUUGGACGAAGCGCUUCAGUGGUCUGGAUGGACAACCUGUGAACUAACACCAUUGCUCUCCACUGGCUGAAACCUCAGCAUCCUGUUUUACCAUGGAGUUAGGAAGAGCUUGGUCCAGAUAUCAGAGGACGGUGCUGAUCACCAUGAUGAUGUUCAAACUGGGGCUACUGUGCACAGUGGCAGCAGACUCGUGUUUGUCAUCUCCCUGCUACAAUAGCGCCACAUGUCUUGACCACCUGGGUGAAUACGUGUGCAUCUGCCCCCCAGGACCAGUGAGGUACAUCGGCAAAAACUGUGAUGAGCUGUAUGACGCCUGUAUCGAGGCACCUUGCACCAAUUGUACCAGCACGCCUGGCACAAACGAGUUCACCUGCCAGUGCCCGGACGGCUUCACAGGGCUCAACUGUACUCAGGAUGUCGAUGAAUGUAAGAGCAACCCCUGCAAAGGUAUCCGGUCCAAUUGUGUCAACGGAGUCAAUGGCUAUUCCUGCCACUGCCCUCUGGGACUGGGAGGGGAGGACUGUCAGAAUAAUGUCACCACUUGUUCAGAAACAUCAUGCCAGAAUGCUGGCACCUGUAUGGACGUCCCUGACAUUGGGCAUGGCUGCCAGUGUGCUGCUGGGUACCAAGGGAGGAACUGUGAGGAAAACAUUGAUGAAUGCCAGUCUGAGCCCUGUCAGAAUGGAGCCAUCUGCAAAGACCGGGUUAAUGCCUACCAGUGUUUCUGCGUGCCUGGAUUUCAAGGCUACCACUGCGACCUGGACAUCAAUGAGUGUGCCUCCCGACCCUGUCAAAACAAUGGCACAUGUCAGGAUGAGGUGGAUCACUACAGGUGUGACUGCGCUCCAGGCUUCAAAGGGAUUAACUGCCAGGUGGAGAUCGAUGAGUGCGAGGUGCAUCCCUGCCAGAACGGUGCCACCUGCCGAGACCACGUCGCCACAUACACGUGUGAGUGCAUGGCCGGCUUCCAGAGCCAAAACUGCGAGGUCAACAUUGAUGAAUGUGCUAGCAUUCCCUGUUUAAAUCAGGGCCAGUGCAUUGACCUGGUAAACAGCUAUGAGUGUGACUGUGAGGGCACUGGCUUUGUGGGCGACCACUGUGAAGAAGAUAUUCCUGAAUGUGCCUCCGACCCUUGCCAGCAUGGAGCUACCUGCUUGGAGAAGAUUAACGAGUACAAGUGCCUAUGUUGGCCAGGCUACGAAGGAGAGAACUGCCAGCUGGAUGUGGAUGAGUGUGCAGAGCAGCCCUGUGAGAAUGGUGGCGAGUGUUUCCAACGCUCAGAUACCCGGAACUACAGAAUGCUGCCCGAAUUUGCAGACGCCAAUUUCAGCUAUAAGGAGGCAGCCGGGUUCAUCUGCCGCUGUCUGCCAGGAUUCACUGGAGACAGCUGCUCGGUCAAUGUGGAUGAAUGUGAGUCUGCUCCAUGUCAGCAUGGAGGAACCUGUCAGGAUCUGGUCAGCGCUUAUCAAUGUGUGUGUCCAGACGGCUUUGCAGGUGUACACUGUGAAGUGGACAUCAACGAGUGUGACAGUAAUCCUUGCAAGAAUGGCGCUAUUUGUGAAGAUGCUGCCAACUCCUAUAAGUGUCAUUGCCCCGAACCAGAGCCUGGCCAGGAGCCUUGGGGUGGUCAAGACUGUGACUUCAGUCUGGUUGGCUGCCGCCAGCACCAGUGUCAACACGAAGCAGGUUGUGUCCCCCUGCUGACCGAUGAUGGAGAGCACACCUACACCUGCCUUUGUCCUCCUGGCUGGGCCGGAGAACGCUGCAAUACCUCCACCAUCUUUUCCUUCAAUUCCAAGGGCUACGUCCACUUGCAGCUGCCUUUUUCCAAAAACCGGACGAAUCAAGAAACUAAGGACCAAGCCAGUUACAAACUCCACAUGCACCUCAGAUUCAAGAGCACUCUUAAAGAUAUGGUUCUGUACUACCGGGGAACCAAGGACCGCUUCAUCUCCCUGGAACUAGUUGGAGGGUCCCUUCGGGCUAGGGUGAAAUCAGAGACGGUACUGCAGGUAAUUUACCAUGGCCUAGUCAAUGAUGGUGAAUGGUACACGGCCACUGUGACCAUGGAUGAGAGGCUGGUUCUGGUUGUAAAAGGACCUGGCUGUGAGGAAAACUGCUUGGUGAAAAAUGAAAGCUACAAUCAUCUUAUCUUCCUUCAGCCAAGCUCCUUUCAACAGCUGUAUGUUGGAGGAGCACCACAGGAAUAUUUAGCCAAAACAUCCAGCGGAAGGGGGUUCAUUGGCUGCAUGGAAGACCUUCAAGUUGACCAUAAGCUGCUUCUGCCUCAGGACCUCAUCAGAGAGGAGAAUCAUGGCUUGGAACUAGGAUGCCUUAAAAAAGAUUGGUGUAAAGAUGACCCAUGCAUGCAACGUGGGCAGUGUGUGGACAUGUGGGUUCAUCCCAGCUGCGAGUGUAAUCGGCCCUAUUAUGGAGAAAGCUGUGAGAAAGGUUAUCCAUCCUGGACCUUCGGUCAUGAGAACACCUCCACCAGUUACGUCGGCUUCAACAUCACGCAAACCCAUGGCGACAACUUCACAAUCUCCUUUUUAAUGCGCUCCUUCAAACACAAUGGUCUGCUUCUGCAGCUCCAUAGAGAAGGAAAGCCCUACCUGACAGUCUAUCUGAAGGAGGGUACUGUUGCUAUUUACAGCCCUCACACCACACUGCUGUCGGAGGCAAGGAGUGUCACUGAUGGCAACAAUAAUUUGGUGACUUUAAAGGUCCAGUACGGCCAUGUGGUUUUCCCCAAAGCAGGAAAUCAUCGUGCAUUGGGAAACGUUAGUAUAGAGGCAGGGGACGUGGCGUAUGUGGGAGGACUUCCUGCAGGCAAUAGUAUGAAUGCCUGGGGAGGAAAUUUCAAGGGCUGUCUGCAGGACAUUCGUCUGGACCACAGUCAUCUGACCACUGGGGAUCCCCUAGGUGGGGUCAAAGUUUACCAGGCCAGUACAGAGGAGACCGUGCUGCCAGGAUGCCAUAGUGAUGACACAUGCAAGGAUCAGCCGUGUUUAAAUGGUGGACAGUGUCAGGUUACCUGGAACGACUUCCAGUGCAACUGCUCCAUGAGAUACGAUGGCCGACUGUGCGAGACCCGUCUGUGGUGCAUGGACAACCCUUGUCCUGACGCAGUGCGUUGUGUCGACUUACAGGAUGGUUAUGAGUGUUUAACUGAAUCCAUCUUUCAGGACAACGCCCUUCAGUAUGUUGCCAACAGCUCCCUGCUGAGCCCCAUAACCAACGUCACCAUGGAUAUUCGGACGCGGGACGAAAACGGGAUCUUGCUGCGGGCCGUCAGCGGAGCAAAGGUGUUCUGCCUGGGUCUGCUCAACUCCUCCCUGCUGGUCAAGCUGGACGGCGGGGCGAGUCAGGAGCUACUGGCCUUCACAAGUGAUAGGACCAUUGCAGAUGGCGCGUGGCAUCGAAUCGAAGUGGCCAUGGUGGAUCCCACGCAGUUAGCGUCCCGCUGGCGUCUCACAGUUGACAGGCAGAGAGUUGGUGGCAGCUUUCGCAUUGGAGGCAACCUUAACUUCCUCAAUGACACCAAAAUCUGGCUGGCUGAGAAAUACACUGGAUGUUUAGGGGAGGUGAGAGUGGGUGGAGUCUACCUGCCACUAGUAAAUGUUCCAGAAGCCCCUCAGGUCAGCCAGUUUUCCAGAUUGGGUGGGUAUGAACCAAUGCAAGGAUGCCAAGGUCCACCGAUUUGUGAUUCCCAGCCCUGCUUGAAUCAGGGUGUAUGCCAGGAUCAGUUUAAUGAGUUUAACUGCACCUGCAGCGCCGGAUGGGAGGGGGAGCUGUGUGAGAGGGAGGUAAAUGAGUGUUCUUCAGGUCCCUGUGUCCACGGUACAUGUAAAGACCUUCUAGCACACUACCAGUGUGACUGUGAGCCUGGAUACACAGGGAAAGACUGUCGGGACGAGGUGGAUAACUGUUUGGAGUUCAGCUGUGUGAAUGGAGGAACCUGCACGCUCAAUGUGGGAGUUCACACAUGUUCUUGUCCUACCGGCUACGUUGGCAAACGCUGUCAAUGGCGUUUUCCUCCAGCGGCGUGCGAUGCAAACACAGAUUGUCUUAACGGAGGGGUCUGCAUAGGAAGUGACUCUGGAGGCAACUGCACCUGUAAACAUGGUUACACUGGUCCCAGGUGUGAGACAGAAAUAGACGAGUGUGAGUCCAGCCCUUGUCUGAAUGGGGCCACCUGUCUGGACAGACUCAACCACUUCCAGUGUGUGUGUGUCCUGGGUUUCAGCGGGACAUUGUGUGAGAGAAUCAAAGAGGAGCAUAAGGAGCGAGUCCCCUGGCUGGUGGUGACCAUCCCUCUAACCACCCUGUGUGUGUUACUGGCCAUACUGGUGGUGUUUUGCCUCGUCAUUACAGCACGGAAGAAGCGUCAGUCAGAAGGAACCUAUAGCCCCAGUUCUCAGGAGGUGGCUGGUGCCAGGCUGGAGAUGGGUAGUGUCCUCAAAGUGCCCCCAGAGGAGAGGCUGAUCUGAGUCCUGCCUCACUGCCUUACAUCCUGUGGAUGUAUCCAUGUAAAGGGCAGAGAAAACUUGUGCUCUGCAGUGUCACGCUGAUGGCCUUCCUGACCCACAAAGAAGCAAUGGAUGAUAUGUCAAUGAUUGAUCCUCCCCAUGGGAAAACUACUGACCUCAAUGUCUGAUGUAUGGACAGGUGAAGACCAGAGGCUGAGAGAGACAGUCUCUUGAUUACUCGGUAAUGGAAUGUUUUCACACAGGCUGAAACUUUCUAACACCCUACCGUUGGUAAACUAAGAGCAAGCUCUUCAUUAUUUAAAAUUCAGCAAAGCAAAAGAUUGAAAACUUCCUUCACCGAUUCCACUGCUGAUACUGAUUUUCAUGGCCGGAGGAUGAAGGAUAUGUAGAGGUAGAAGAAAAAAAUGGAGUAUUAAUUGCAUAAUACUAUAAGGGCUGAGUAUUGACCACCAACACGUUCCUUGUAGUAGUAUCAGAUUACACAUACAAGGCGAUGUCUGUUUUAUAGUAAUACGUUUAGGAGAUAGAUUUAAAUCCUGACUAUGUCUAGAGGAAUAGAGUAAUGCUAGUCCUGUAUGACUCUCUUCUGCCAUAAUAGGCUGACUAUGGCAAACCCUGUUCGAAGGUGUUUUCUGUGCGCUCGCUGUUAUUUUUUUUGAUAGUAAGGGGGCGGAGCCAGUCACCAUGGUAUCUACAUCUAAUUAGAUACAAACCCUGUUUUUGGAUUAGCUGGAGUAAUGCAUUCACAGAACUAUAGAAGCCCCUUCCGCACUAAAGAAAGGGGAUAGAAAGUCAAAAUUAUGAGAUAAAACGUCAAAACACAAACGACACCUUUUUUCAACCGUAGUGGACCGUAGAUGACAACCAGAUACAUCAUUUACCAUCAUUACCGGCACUUCGACCGCACAUUAAGACCGAUGCGUCCAGCUCGCCGACCGGUAAAUGAAGUCCGAAAUUGUGAAUUUCUUGCCAACUUUCAAUACGGAUCGAUUUGGAAAUAUUGAAAUAAUGAGAUAAGAUAUGCGCAGGCUCCUCCAUAGGAGGAAAUGGGCUUCUAUAGUUCUGUGAAUUCAUAUCUCGAGAUACCAUAGUGACUGGUUAUUAGCCUCGCAAGCAAGGAAGUUCACGUUCCGCGAGCGAGCAAAUAUCUCGCGCGAGACAGACUUUUGUUCGCGCACGUUUGAUUUACGCGCACUCAUCAACCUGAUUUGCGCUUUCGAAUUAUGACAGGGAUUUGCCGCCAUGGGUGACCUUCACUUUUCCGACAGUUAUGUACGGAACGUUAUGUACGUUAUGCACGUUUUUUUUCUUUUCAAAGGGGAAACAGCAAUUACAAAAAUCGGCUGAAGAAGGAAUACAUUUUUGAUUCAAAGCUCAUGGCCUGUGUUCUCUUAAAUACUCAUUGACAUGUAUCUGCAGGUUUCAUUGACUUUGUUACGAGUUGAUUCUCUUUAUUUGGGCUACUGCAGUCUGUGAGCUAACAGGGCAUCACUGCAGCCAGGAGUCAAUUCAAUGAGUUUCAUUUUAUUAUGUAAAGCCCCAAAAUCACAACAGUCAAACACUGUUUUCUCAAUAUGUGAUGUAUUAUAUUAUACUGUCAUGUGCACUGUAUAUGCAACCCAAUGCGUUCCUUUUUAAUACUGUGUAAUUAUGCUGUGGGUUCUUAUCUGAAUUAUUGUGUUGCAUAUAAUGUGCUGCAUGAUUUCUAUGCCACAGUUUUUUCCUUUUUUUCCAAUAUUGUCAAGGGGAACUAUAUUUAGUUGCAGGAAUCUGCGGUAUGGUCUCAGGUGUUAUCAGUAUUUGUGAACACAUGUUAAGAUUCUUUUUGAAACUUCUUUUCUUUUUUCUAAGAGAUUCCUAAGAAGUCAAUAAAGCAAAGAAGAAGGGUAGGCAGGAUGUGGUUAGUCUGUCUUAGUGUAAAUAGUUGAAGCAGGAGAAACAGACUCCUAAAUGCUGUGUUGAACCAACUAUAAUAUUGAAUGUAACAUUUCCAUUUUUCAAAAAUGUGCACAGUGUAUCUCUCUAUCAUUAGUAUUGUAACAUAUCAAGUCACCAUAUCAUUACACGGUUGUACAGAGAUCAUUUUUAGGCUAACUAAUGACUCGAGUUUUUGGGCAAGUAAGACACAAGUUACUCACGUUAAUAGACUCAGGUUAGUAAGGAAUCACAUGAGUCACUACUAACAUGUUUGUCAUGAGUCAUGUCAAGGCAGUCUCAUAGGCAUUUGUCUUGUUUUUAUUUGACUACACUUCCAGUUGGCCUAAGUAGACUAUCACACACUUUAUGUAACGUAAAAUGCUUGUUUGUUCACUAAUGUUGCAGAUAGAGUUUACAUUGAAGUUUGUUUCGCAAGUCUUCUGCAUAAGGCUGCAAAGAGGGGGAUUUUUGCAUCAAAUUCCAAUAUAGAGGGGCGAUGCGUAACUGAUGGUAUUUGAUGCGUUGGGACAGAGAAGUGGUUGCACUCACGUUGGUGAAGGAUGGAUAGUAUUCACCAUUAAAUAGUUCCAACACACAACUCCCCGUAAAACAACCAGUUGCCCAUUUUUCUUUGUACAGAUUAAGAAAAUAAGAAACAAUGCAGGUUAACAGGUGUUUAUAGCCACAAAGAGCCGUGGAAGCUGUUCCCCCUGCUACCAGUCUUUAUGCUAAGCUAGGCUAAGCACAUCCCACGUGACUCAUAUCCAUCCUCACAAAUACUUAACAACUUUUAUACUUAAACACCAUUUAAGUCAGUGGUGGCCCGUCAAACACGAUCCCUGUCGAUCUCCAAAACAAAAUAAAGAUAAUUCAUGAACACAUUGGGCCUCAUUCUCAAACAUUUUCUGAAGUGUCUUCUGAAAUGUUUUCUUACGGACUUUCUGACGAAGACCAACGUCAGAAAAGAUCUCCGCCUGAUUCAUGAACCGACGCAAAUGGGUUCUUACACAGCCAAAGCGUCAGCUGUGCUUCCCCAAAUGAGGAUUCCUAAAUUGAACGCGUGUUUCGUGCGUCUGUAUUCCAAACAGAAACGGCGUGCCAGCUCCUAUAAGGGCAUGCGAUUGUAGGGACUUCGACAGACUCCAUAUGACGCAAAAGCAGCUUGAGACUAAUGAAAAUCACGAAAAAGCAGAAAGGGAGCACCGGGUCGAGUAAACCGAGGCCUAACCUCCCCGGCGCAGAUGCUGCUACAGAAUGUAGAUGUGUCCUUUCUAAUCCACUGUGGACAUAUCCACGCAAUUGAGUUUAGUGCUUUUUUAUUUAUUACUUACAUUUGCAGUGAUUGUUUAGUCCUUUUGAUAUCACGAUGGCCUCGUAAAAUCAUGACUAUAAAUGUGAAACGUAAUUGUUAAAGAUUCAAAAAUGACCAUAUUUAUUACUAUAAUUAUUUAAAUCUGUCUGAUUUUAUGUGAACGUAAUCACCAAUGUUUCAAAACCAUUCCUGCAUAUUGAUACAGAGGAGGUUGCAGCAAAAUUCCAGAAAGCAUUUGCUUUGCCAGGUGGAGUGGACAUGGAGAUGUUUGAUAUGCAAGAUGACACAGAGCUGAAAGCCAGGUCAAGGGACAGGAACUUUAGGGAGUUGUCAGCAGACAGAAAUGUCCUCUCCUCAGCGCAUGUGCACUAAAAGUGAGUGCCUACUUUGGUUCAACUUCCCUGUGUCAAAUGAUAUUUUCACAGAUGAAAAUCACCAAAUCAAAGUAGCCGGCUUACUGACAGACAGCUCACAGACCGGUUCCCAGAGCACCCUCUCUACCCCUCCAUCACGGACAGUGAUCAGUCACAGCCAUCCCAUGACUGGAGUCACAUGACUUCUGAUGGCAUUCUGAUGGGACACAAAGCUAAACUGAACUUUAAUUACAUUAUUGUUGUGUAGUUGAAAAAUACAACAGUUAAUAUUGGUAGUUCAUCCGGCAUGCUCAUAGCACAUUAGUUUUUUCUUGUCAUAUUGUAUACGGUUAACAAAUCAUCUCCUUUAUAUGUUGCACUGAAAUUAAGUGAUUUAGUGGGUUCUUUGUCACACAAUUGGAAAGCUUUUACCAAAGUGUUUGAUCUGAUUCCAUUAGGCCAAAUAAAAAGCCUCAAGUUGUAAA